AUGCCUCACAAACACAAAUCAAAAAAGGGAGGAUUCGAAGCCGAAUUCGAUCUGCCCCCUACGGAGAAAGCUCGAUCUCUUCCGGUAAACAAACGAAAUGCGACAUCAACUUCUGAAGGACGAGUCGCAAAGAAGCGCUCCAGAAGCUCAAUGAGAGACAAUGAUACUCCACGAGCUUUCAAGAGACUUAUGGCUGUAGCAGGGGGGAAGAAGAUUAGAUCAGGCUUGGAUGAUGGUCAACUUGACAAAACAACUGCGAAGAGUACUGAUGUAUCAACCGAGAAACUUCAAAUUCGUCCUGGUGAAAACCUGGGGGCCUUUGCUAGCCGAGUUGAUGCAGCCUUGCCAGUAUCAGGGCUUGCGAAAAAAACCAGCACAGAUGCAGACGGCAAAGAUGCACAGGGGUUGAAGGUUUAUCGAACUCGAAAAGAGCGUAAAAUGCAUAAACUUUACGACCAAUGGAGGGCAGAGGAAAUGAAGAUACAAGAGAAGAGGGAGGAAGAGCUAGAGCGAAUAGCAGAACGCGAUCUUGAAGAUGAUGCCGCUGGUAUUCUUACCUCAGCUGCAUUUGAGAACGAAAACAGCCAUACGAAAAAGAGAAAGGGGAAUAAAAGAAGAAGGAUAGCAGAGGAAGAUCCCUGGGUAGAAUUGAAAAAGCGAAGAGGAGAGAAAAAGGCAAAAAUUCAUGAUGUUGUUUUAGCACCACCGGAAUUUUCAAAUAAAGU